AUGCGCUCUCAAUCCCAUCAGAGCGGAAAUUAUCCCAGGCGCUCUCUAUCCCAGACUUCGGCUACAACUAGCUCCUCACGUAGCACCCAGCGCUCCGACGAAAAAAAACAUCAUCGUCUUUCCAACCCUCUGACCUCUAAAUUAUUUCGGCCAGACUCCAAGUCGCCUGCUGCGAUCAACAUUCCCAAGAAUAGGCAGUCCGCAGACGCACACUACAUUCCCCGCAGCAAUCCUGACGCUGCCUACUUUGGCCAGGAGCACAGUUCCACCAGUCCAGUCAAAAUGUCUCCUGAACCUUCAUCCCCGACAUCACCUACAUCACCUCAGUCUCCCAAGCCGGACUUCGGGAAACGACCUCCUACUCCAACCCGCAAGAACAGUGAUGACUACCGUCGCUACAGUGGUACAGUCAACCACUACGGUCGCCAUUCAAAUGACUGGCUUUUCGGCGGCUUCAGCGUGCGCGAUACUGUCCGCGAUGGCAUCGAUAAGCUACGUCACCACGACAAGGACGAUUGA